GCUAGAGAGCACUUGCUCACUCCCAUCAUGCCACUGUAGAUGGGGUGCGCUGCCUCUGUCAACCAGGGCGGGCAAGCAGCAACGGCAGCGGGGAGCGCUGCACAGUCUUCGACAACUCCCACGGGCGUGGCCAGUAACCAUCCAACGAUGAAUGAAGCUCACGGAAAUGAAGCGGGCGCGAGUGCGACGCCUGUGCAAGAGGCGCGUCCGGGAAUGCCGCAGGCCGAAGCGCUUUCCUUGGAGAUGCAGCGACUGAGCGUAUCCGCGCCGACCGAAGCGCAGCAGGCAUCCUCCUCCACCACAGCUGACGAGCCAUUCAGUCCCGGCGUGUCCGCAGCCGCCGCCACCGGUGCCGUGGCUCCACCGCCGCCGCAGACGCAGCCCCUGAACGGCGUACAGCUGGCGUUUUCCCACAGCCCAACCACACCAGCACCUACACCACCCUCAGCAUCACCAGCAGCCGCAGGCAGCAAUGCCGCAGACGAAUGCGGGGCACAAGCACAGCCGCAGGCGCAAGUGCCGGCGGCGGUGCCGACGCCGGCUCAGGGGCAGGAGCAGGCGCCGGGGCAGGGGGAGCGGGCGGGCCCUCGGCACGUGCUGGCGCCCUCCUCCCCCGCCCCGGGCGACACGCGUGUGGGGCUGCUGUACGACAACUCCAUGGAGCGACACGUGGGGCCGGAGCACUACGAGCGGCCCGCCCGCAUCAUCGCAGUGCACCAGGUGCUGCAGGAGCAGGAGCUGUGGGGCAGGUGCUGGCAGCUGGUGCCGCGGCAGGCCACGGAUACGGAGCUGCUGCUGGGGCACACGGAGGAGCACAUACGCAAGGUCGACUCCCUGUUUGAUGACGCCUACCCCGCCCGGCCCGAGUCCUUGGCCGGGGCGAGCUACUGCUUUGCCGAGCCGGCGGGGGCUGAGAAGGGCGAUGUGUAUGUGUGCAGUGACACGCCGUCGGCGGCACGCAUGGCGACUGGCUGUUGCGUGGAGGCGGUUAAGCAAGUGCUCGGCGGCACCGUCAGCCGCGCGCUGGCCAUCGUGCGGCCGCCGGGGCACCACGCCGAGUGCGAGCGCGCCCAGGGCUUCUGCUUCUUCAACAACGUGGCCGUGGCGGCGCUGGCGGCACUGCAGCACCCGGACGUGAAGCGGGUGGCUGUGCUGGAUUGGGACAUCCACCACGGCAACGGGAUACAGAACAUCCUGCUCCAGCGGCCCGACGCGCUGUACCUGUCGCUGCACCGCGACCCCAAGCGCUUCUACCCCUUCACCAGCGGCUUUGUGGGCGAGGCGGGCGAGGGGCCGGGGCUGGGCUUCAACGUCAAUGUGCCCUGGCUCAAGAAGGGCAUGGGGGACGGGGACUACAUGGCCGCCUUCAGCCUGGUGGUUGAGCCGGUGCUUCAGUCCUACGCCCCGGACCUGGUCAUUGUGGCGGCGGGCUUCGACGCGGCGGACGGAGACCCCUUGGGCGGAUGCAAGGUCAGCCCUGAGGGGUACGGCUGGAUGACGGAGCGGCUGUUGCAGUUCGCGGGCGGCAAGGUGGUGUUGGCGCUGGAGGGCGGGUACAACAACAGGGUGACUGCCUGGUGUGCUGCCGCGUGUGUGCGGGCGCUGCUGGAGGGCGCCGCCAGCCCGGGCCUGCCGCGGGACAAGGAGCACCUGUGGCCGGCCGAGUCGCAUGACAGCCUCAAGCGGGUGUAUGAGGUGCAACGGCAGCACUGGGCGCCGCUGCGGGAGCGCAGCUGGAGCGAUGCCUGGGAGGCACACCUGAAGGAGGUGGUGCUGUUGCUAGGAUCCAACUCCAGAUCCAAACGCGGGUCCGCCGCGGGCGGCGGCGCUGCCGCUCCGCCAUCACUGCCAGGAGCAACGGCCGCCGCCACCUCCUCAUCAGGAACCGGCGGCGGCGGCGGCGGUGGUGGCCGGCGCGCGUCUGGGUCUGAGGGCGCCACCUCUGGGCGCCGGCGCAGCGGCAGUGCCGGCGGCGGCAGUAGUGCGAGCGGCGCGGCGCCAGCGGCGCCAGCAGCGGCAGCGGCGGACGACGCGACAGCUACGCCGCAAUCUUUGGCGGAUGCGUUCAAAGCGCGCAGGGCUGCGCGGACCUCGGGAGCUGGUAAGGCGGCGGCGGCGGCGACAGCGGCAGCUCCGGCAGCCACGCCGGCUGUAGCGCGGCCGCCGGCGGCGGGUCGGAAGUCAUCUGGCGUGGCGCAGGCGGGGGCGGAGGUGGAGGCUGCGCAGGCAUCCGCGUCAGCUGCGGGGGUAGGAGGCCGGGAAGGGGAGGGGGAAGGGCAGGCGGGGCGGGGGGCGGCGGCGGCGGCGAGCUCUUCUGCGGAGAUGGUGGGGCCCGAGGCGUCGACUUCGGAGUUGGCGGCAGCUGCCGGCGCGGCGGGGCAGGGUGACACGGCUGAGUCAGCCGGGCCGGGGCAAGGGGUUGGGGCGGAGCUACCGCUGGCGGAUGAGGUGUUGCCAAAUGAGAGCGGGCUCGUGCAGCAGUGCUUGGGCUCUGGUGGAGGAGCGCAGGCGGGGGGCGGCGGCGGGGCGAGCGGGGGUGGUGGUGGCUCGGGGCUGGGUGUUGGCACGGUGGCGGUGGGAGCGGCCGCGAUGGGUGGCGGGGGAGUGGGUGCGUUUGGAGGCGUGCCGCUGGCCGUGGCGUCGAUGGUGGCGGUGGGAGGUGAGGCGUAGCCGGCUGGCGGCGGCAAGGCGGGGCGGGGUGCUUGGGCACUGCGUGAGAGGGUUUUGGAGCUGGCCGAUGGUGCGGUGGACAACGAUGCCGAUGUC